GAGGUUGCUAGGCUACUUACCUCAGCUAACAAGAUUGUAAACAAUUAUUGACAUCAUUUUUGACGUUUUUCUUUCUAUUUUAUUGUGUUUAUUAUUUUAAUUCGUGAACCAAAACAAGCAUGGAUUCGACUGAAGAAACAAAACCAGCGAAAAUUAGUUUCAAACGUGUUAAAAAAAGGCCUACAAGAAGUGCUAUAGAGGACAUUGAAAAGACAGCCGAUGAUUCAAAGGAGAGUGAUGAUGAAGAGGCAUGGAGUAAACUGGAAGCAAUUAAGCUUUCCAAAUCUCUUAAUAAAAGGGUAUGCAAAGGAAUAGAUGCUAAAGAACUUCUGGUUGUCAAAAAUAAAGAGCAAUUAGCUCGAGACAAAACUGAAAACAUUGGUGGAUUAUUGGACCUGAAAAAUACCUUUUCAGUGGAGAAGAAUCAGCGAGACGAAGAUGAGGACAUGUUGAAAUUUGUUGAGGAACAAUUAUCCAAAAGAAAAGGUAUCGUCAACCAAGAAGAAUUUAAAGCCGAGAAGAUUGACAUGGAUGAGUUGGUUUUCAAAAAAAUACGUGAAGAAUCCUUACUAAACCAAAAGAAAAAGAACGAAGAAAUGUUAUCGAGCCAAAUGCUCUGUGGUAUACCUGAAAUCGAUUUAGGGGUUGAGGAGAAAAUACGAAACAUUGAAGCAACUGAAGAAGCCAAAAUGAAAUUAAUAGAAAAGAAAAUCAAACAGAGAUCAUCGUCCAGAAACUCUACUCUAGUACCAACCAAUGUAGCUGCCAACUACGUUCAACACAAUCGUUUCAAUGUUGAUAACUCACAUCAUCCUGGACACAACAAUAAAAAGGGUAGAUUUAAUAAUCCACCUGCACCAACUUUGGUCAAGGAACCUGUUGUUGUUAUAGGAGAUGAGCCCAAACAAAAUUACUUCCGAUCAAAUACUGGUCAAGGUAGAUCGAAACUCGGAUUCCCUGGAAAAGAAAAGGCCACUGAUGAUUAUCAUUUUGAAAAGUUCAAGAAACAAUUUAGAAAGUGAAAGCCCAAGCAUGUAUAAAAGAUUUUCCUAAGAGACAGAUGAGGUAUUCAUGUGAUCAAUGAAAUCAUUCAUAUUAAGUUCUUUAUUAACAUUAUCUUUUUAUCCUAAAAAGCUCAUGUACAUAAACUGUACCCAAUUUAUACCAUUGUUUAUAUUAAACAAUUCCAAUGCUUA